AGAAAGAGACACUGAGAUAGGUAGGAUGGAAGGGUAUGAAGAGGAACAAAAUAAUGAUGCAUUGAAUCAUUCACAGCUACCCAAUACAUCCCUAGCUGAACUUAACAUGUUGCUUGUGUUGCUUUCGUUAUUCUACUUCUCAAGCGAUGAGUGCAUGGAAUAUGAGGAGAAGGAGCAGAUCACAAAAGAUGAGGUUGAUGUAACUAAAGCAUGCAUUUCAACAUUACAAACCAAGAGACGAGAGAAACAUGAGCCCAAGCUUGGGAAGAGACCAUUUUCAUCAAGGUUUCAAACUACCAUAAAAGACUCCAGGCAUGGAAGAAAAAUGUAAAGCAAAUUCUACUGUGGAGGAUUUCACAAAAUAUUUGGUGCAGCAAGGAAAGCGAACAAUCAGUUUUUUCACCAUAGCAAAAUUUGCGU